AUCAGGAUUUAGGGUUUCGCCAUAGGGCUUCCUUCAUUGUGCACUGGGAGAAGGGACUCUCUUCGCAGAGUGGCAACGCAGGAAGCGCAGCGGGGAAUUAGUGUGUGUGUGUGUGUGAGAGUGAGAGAGAGAGAGAGAGGCGUGUCUUGCGCAUGGUAAAUCGCGGUGUAGAGGCGCGAGAUUUCGGCGCUGUAGUCUGUAGGAUUCGUGGUGUUCGAAUUGGUGCCGAACGCCGUUGCAUCGUUUGGUAGUGUAUUCGGUGGAGCGUUGGGGAGAGAGGGAGAGAAGAAAAAAAUAUAUAUAUAUAUAUAUAUAUAUAUAUAAAUAGGUCGGGGGUGAGGUUUGAGGAGGUGUGAAGAUAGAACGGGGAAGAGGAAGUGGUUACGGUGGAGUAGUUAGGAUGGUCGGAAGCGGAAGCAAGAAGGGCGAUGGAUUGCCGGCAAUAAGCAGUACGAACAUCUUUGCCGCGCUUGAGAGACGUCGCUCCAAGUCGUCGAGCAGGAGGAAAUUGCAGCGGGAAAAGUCCAAGGGCAAAGAAGAGAGCGGCGAGGCGAAGCAGGAGGAGCAGGCGCAGUUCUGGUCGGCGACGCAGGUGUCCGUGAAGUCCUGGGCGGAUUGCGACGAUGAGGAUGACUACUUCGCCACCACUGCGCCACCCCCUGACAUCGACGUCGCUCCCGUUCCGGUACCGAAGGAGGCGUUGAGCCAAGGCGAGGAAACAGAAGGUGACGAAGAUGGAGAGGGAGAGGACGAGGUCGACGAUGAGGUUGAGGAAGAAGCAGAGAAUGAGAGUGGAGCGGCACAAAGGACUGAUGAGAUCCCUUCAAAACCGGAUGUCGUGGUACCUCCUGUAUCCAGGGAGCCUGAGCGACAGCUUUCUAAGAAAGAGAUAAAAAAGAAGGAACUGGCUGAUUUAGAGGCAGUUCUUGCUGAGUUUGGCCUUGAACCGACUGAGGAGAAAGACGAAAAUGGAUCUAAUCCUCACGCCGAUGACAAGAAGGAUUUUGAGACGGUCAACGGAAAUGAGGAAGGUGCUGGUGGAGUACCUGCACUCACGAACAGCAAGAGCUCCAAAAGAAGAAAGGCUAAGAAGGAGAAGUCCUUCAAGGAGAGGGAUGGAGAUGUAACGCCCACUCCUGACAAUGAACAGAAGGAAGAAGAGGUUGCUGCCGAAGAGGUCAGCGAGACGGUUGAUCCCAAAGAAAUUUUGAAACGGAUGCAGUCUUUGAAGAAGAAAAAGGCAGGGGAUAGCGAUUCAUCGGCAGCUAAGGCUGCUGCUAGAGAGGCAGCUGCCAGGGCUGCAAAACUCGCGGCUGCUAAAAAGAAGGAGAAAAGUCAUUACAAUCAGCAACCUGUGAGGUGAAUGGGACGUGUAGAGUAGAGCGGUCUCCAAGGAGUAAACCUCGUCCGUGCUUGUUGCGAGGCAGAGGAAUCAGGCAUGGGCAUUUUAAAAGUAUUUUCUGGUCCCAUCAUUUGUUUCAUCAGAUCGUAAACGUGAGCGUUAAUUCAAUUUUCGGGUUUGUUGCAGUGAGUUGUUACAUAUUUGUAAGGAGAAAUUCCUCUGUUGUAGCUUCUCAAUGUACUUUCAUGUUUAUCACUUGUAGUGUUAUCUCUGUUAUCUAAUUACUCCAAGGUUAGUGUACGAUGCUGGCAAUCCCUUCAGCUCCCAGCAUGUGCAAUACGAUGAAGCAAACAUGCAUGAUCAGACCCUUAAAUCAGCCGUUUGCGAAGCGAGUGUUUCAGCAUUGUGAUGGAUCUCAUUUCCUCUUGCAAUCGUAUCGAUCCACGAAGACUUACUCCUAAGCCACUCUUUGAAGGGUUGGAGUCGUUUCUGGAGUGACUUUUCCUUCUCUCAGUGGUAACUCUUCCUUCUCUCUAUAGUUAGAAGAAGGGUUUAGUACCAUUCUUUUGGAAACUUUGGAGUAAAGAGCAGAUAUUUUACCUUCA